AUGGCGGAGCAUCUGUUUGUGUGUUCUGGCCCACCACAACCCGAUAACGACAAUAGCGACGAUGAUGAGGAUGAUAAUAUAUUUAAUGAUGAAGAUGAUGAAGACGACAAUGAAGUAGCCGCUGGUCACAAAGUACUCGAUCAAUGCACUGACCAUCUGCCGGAAUAUCUGAGCAUUUCGCUGUCACAUGCGGUUCGACAUUGUUAUUCUUAUAGCCAGUGA